AUGUCCAAGGUAGACGUGGUGCAGCACCCAGGCACAGCGACGCCGGUCCCCUCACUAGAGAGCGCCAUGGCUGCCGCUGCUGCUGUCGCCACUGUAGCGACAACUGCUGCAUCAACUGCGACGACGACAGCGACAGCGACGACAACUGCAAAUUCCACCGUCUCUGGGCGACCGCCAGCGACGACAAUAACGGCAAAGGCAACAACAACAGCAACGAUACCGACGACAGGGGGGUCACAGCAAUCGCUGCCAUCAACAGACACAAAACACGUAACAAUAGCGCAUUCUCAGUCUAGAACAAAUGGUACAAAACGCCCGCGAUCAACCGAUCACAGAGACGGCAGAAUCGCAAAAAGCAGACAACGGCCAGUUUUCUUGAAAAACAGCAUGGAGCCUCCAGUUUUAUCUUUUUACGGCACGCAGCCCGUCCCCUUGCCCUCGCGAUUUGCGAGUCUCAAGAAGCGACUAGUCGCAGGACACGAGUCCACACUUGAGGCGUCGUGGGGUCGCCUGAUUACAGCACUGCGUGACGAAAUCAAAUACAUAGAUGAGCACCGCACAGGACUAAUUCCCUCAAUUGAUUUUAACGAGAUUAACGACACGGCCAAGGUUGAGCCGUUUGAAGCCAGCUUGAAGCGCCAUGGAAUUGGUGUUAUCCGCGGAGUGGUAUCACCAGAAGAUGCAAGCAACUGGGUGGAGGAGACUAAAAAGUAUUUGGAGACGAAGCAUGACUUCAAGCCGCCUCCGGCACAGGAUCCAACUUGUUUUGACUUCUUCUGGACGCCCGCACAGGUACGCUCACGUGCACAUCCCAACAUGCUGCGGGCUCAGCGAUUUGCAAUGUCACUGUGGAAUUGCAAUGACGACGACCGACUAGCGACGAGAUUUCCGAUCACGUAUGCAGACCGCAUUAGAAUAGAGUCUACCAACAACGGUAUUGUUACAGUCAACGGUGUGGCGGCAGCUCCCACCACUCCUGAAGAUAGCCUUAUCGCGGCUGCAGCCGCGGCCUCGAACGCGUCGAUUGCACAAGUCGAUAACGGAAGCCUAGAAAGGUGGGAAUUAGAUGGAUAUGGGCGUUGUGGACUCUACGAUGAUAUCUUCAAGGGGAAAUGGGAGGCAUAUAACCCGUGGGAUCCGGCGGGACGUGUUAACGCUACUUCGGAUCUGUACAACGGCGCAGGAGCAUGUUCAAUGAUGCGCAUGUUCCAGGGUAUACUGGCGCUGACAGUGGUCGAGCCCGGCAUGAUCCGCCUGCUCCCCUCACCGAAGUUGUCGACAGUUUACUUUCUCCUGCGACCGUUCUUUUCGCCCAAGGAGCCGGCGCCCGAAUCGGGCGAUAGUGCUGAGAAAUGGGAGAAGUACCUGGAUCCGUCCAAUUGGGCGCUUGACAAGGAGCAGACAACGAUAAUACACGGUGCGGUCCCGGGCCAUGCGCAGCGCGUCACAGCGGCGUGGCAUCCCCAUCUACAGCUCGAUAAGAGCCUCGUAACCCCUCCGACAUUACGGGCUGGUGACUACAUCGUUUGGCAUCCGGACCAGGCAUAUCAAUUCUCCAAUACCAACUACCGUGAUAACGGUAGCACCGAAUCUAAGAAUGACACGGGCUUGCGUACCUCAAUGCUUGUGUACUCUCCGGCGGCGCCACUUACACAGACGAAUGCACUGUUUCUCGCCCGCCAACGUAAGGCAUUCCUGCGCGGCCAUCCUGGACCAGACUUUGACUCCACAGGAACUGGACUCGGCAGCGAAGCGCCGCAUACGGGACGGCUAGGUGAAAAGGAGAUCCGCGAGGUCGGUGGCGAAGAAGGGCUACGGGCGAUGGGGCUCGCGCCGUGGACACUGCGGGCAAAUAAGGCAUCCACGUCGUCAUUGGCACCGGAAGAGAAGCCAAGCAGCAGCAGCAGCACGCCGAUAGAGGACAAGAAGGAUGUGGACAUGAUAAUGGAAGAAGACGGGACAACAGAUAGCCCGGCAUCUGCCUCAUCAGGGAGUUCGCGCGCUGAGUCUGAAGUCGUGCGGCUCGCCAACAUCAUCUUGUUUCCUGACCGUUAUGACUUCUACAUGCCGACUCGAGCGAGUAGUCCAGUGUCUACGUCGCGGGAAAGAGAAAAAGAAAAGGAGAAAGAUAGCAUCAAAGAUGCCCCUGCGAGUGAGAAGGACACCGGGAAAGGGAAGGAAAAGAACGGCUCCGUGUCCUCAUCUUCAUCCAUGUCUACAUCUACAUCUAUGCCGAAGGAGAAUGAGAAAGAAAGGUAG